GAAACGGUAGCCGUAAGCUCCAGCACAUUCGUCUACAUUUUAUGAAGCGUUUUCCACAUGUAAACAAUACAUGUGUAUUCGUUCUGAAACUGACGCUGAAGUUCGCAUUUUGGGCGGGCGUGCCCAUUUUUAAUAUACCAACCUGAAAAGCUCUGUGACCGAAUAUAAAGAUGUCUAUGGAAGAUCCAUUUUUCGUCGUGAAAGGAGAGGUCCUGAAGGCCGUGAACACUGCCCAGAGUCUGCACCAGAGAUGGCGGGAGCUCCUGCAGAACCCUGGCAACUCCUCCUCAGAGGAAGUGGACUGGACCACCAACGAGCUGAGGAACAGCCUGAGGUCCAUAGAGUGGGACCUGGAGGACUUGGAUGAGACCAUCAGUAUUGUUGAGUCCAACCCGAGGAAGUUCAACUUGGAUGCUGUUGAACUUGGUAAACGUAAAGCAUUUAUCACAAGCACCAGGCAAACAAUCAAGGAAAUGAAAGAUCAGAUGGCUGGUCCAAUAGCUCAGGCAGCUACUGAAAAGAAAGGUCGCCAGACUUUGCUUGGUGGAAGCGGAGCCCAGGGCCCCAUUUGGCAGCCUGGAGGAGACAAAUACACGGGUCUAGACCAGGAGCUGCAGACAGCCAACUCCCAGUUUAUAGAGGAGCAGCAGACCCAGCAACAAUUAAUAUCUGACAAGCAGGAUGAGCAGCUGGAGCUGGUGUCUGGGACCAUCGGUGUCCUGAAGAACAUGUCCCAGAGGAUCGGCCAAGAGCUGGACGAACAGGCUGUAAUGCUGGAUGACUUUUCACAUGAGAUGGACAGCACCCAUUCCAGACUAGACAACGUGAUGAAGAAGCUGGCUAAGGUCUCCCACAUGACCAGCGAUCGACGUCAGUGGUGUGCCAUCGGAGUUCUGUUGGCAGUCAUCUUCGUAGUCAUCAUCCUCUUCAUCAUCCUGUGAUGUCAUCACUAACUAGUGAUGUGACAAAACUGCACUAGCCCCACCCAUUCGAUAGCUCCACCCACUCCGACACAGGAGUUACUGAUUGGAUGGUGCUGUGGAAACAAACAUCUCUUGUCCCCGACAUAUCCUGCUGUCAAUCUGCUGUUGCCUUGGACAUCACAAUAUUAUGAUAAUAGGGCCCCAUCUCUCAGUCACUGCACACAAAGUAGACUGUCAGUGUGUUUUUAUAAUGGAACAGGUCGUCACUACGUAGUGUGGGGUUUUGUUAUGUAUAUAACACUAUGGACUCUUGCAACGUUUCCAGGAGCAGACCUGUUAAAGUUGGAAUACAGGAAGAUUUUGAAGAGGCUUUUAGACAACGCCAGGAGCAUCACUUCACUCAUUGUCUUCCUUAUGAUUUAUAGUCAGCGCUAUUAAUUAUGGUUCCUUUCCUUUUUUUUUGUUCUAGACCAGUCUAGUGCUGUAAACUUUAUAAACCGUUGACUUUUCUGGA